AUGUCAGACUUUUUAUUUUGGGAGAGAACAGACCAGCAAGAUAGUUUUCAGCUUGGCGGUUCCCCUCCAGCAGGGAAGUCCUCCUCUUGGCUCCCCAUCACUUGGCACUCCUUGGUUCCUGAUGCUGAGAUAGCAUUCCCUGACCUAGGUGAGCAGAUUCAGCAACUUGAGGGGAGUGCUGAACCGGACAGCUCCUCGCUGGUUCAAUCUGAUGAUAGCACUCAGCUGUGGGACCAUCACAAGUUUGUUGCAGCUCACUCUUACAGCCCGCAAAGAUAUGCAGCCAACGUGAGGGAAAGAAAGAGAAUGCUCAGUAUCAACUCUGCUUUUGAUGUCCUUAGAGGCCAUGUUCCAACUUUCCCAUAUGAAAAGCGUCUAUCCAAAAUUGACACUCUCAGGCUGGCAAUCGCUUACAUUGCAUUGCUUAGUGAUAUCCUGACUACAGGAUCUGACCCAAAAUCUUAUGUGCAGAAAUGUAUGAAAAAUGGAUAUACAGGCCAUCAGAACGCACGCUGGAACACAAGUGAUCUGACAGCCCGCUUGUCCUGGGUCAAAUGGGAUUAAGAGAGCCAUCAAAUAAGAGAGAGCACUGGAUUCUUCAAAGGAUCUACCACCUAUCAUCAGCUGUUAAAUUCUCCCUAUUGCCAACAUAAAACUUUAGGAAGCAUCCCUGUGCACAGUUAGAAUGCUUAAAUAAAAUUAUUUUAAUUGUUGUUA